AGCGGGGAGCUCCGUCCGCCCCGCCGCGGAGGGGCUGAGGAGAGGCAGAGCACACUUCAAUCUCCUCCGCCGUGCCUCUUGUCCACCUUCCUUCUCCUCACCCGUUCCCUGGCGGGGAGAGGAGUCCCGCAGCCUUCCCCCGCCAGGCUGGGCUCCCCUGCCCUUUGCUCCCCGCCGAGCGGAAGGUGGUGGGGCUGGACUGAGGUGAACUCUUUGGCCUUCGCAACCCUCGCCAUGGCCAUCGGUGGGCUUGGGACGUCGCUUCUGCUCAUGGCCGGCAUCGUGGUGGCAGUGGGACUGUGCCGGAGAUUGACCCGCCGACAGCUGCGAUCCCACCAGUGCCUUUACACUUUCUUUCUGGAGAUGUUCAGCACCUUCCAGAUUUGUGCCUGCACCAACGAGCUGUGCAUGCUGGGCACUGUGGACCCCGAGCCGCACACGGCGCUCACGCUCACCUACGGUUUCAGCGUCCUGCAUGGCCUGACUCUGACCGGCAGCACCUGCAACCCCUGCGGUGCCCUGCAGCCCAUGUGGGGCGGCGGGAUGUCCGUCAGGAUGGGGGGACUCAAGAUUGCCGCUCAGUUUGUGGCUGCGGUGCUCGCCAGGAUGUUCAUGCGCUUUAUCUGGAGCCUGGAGAUGACGGAGCCGCAUUUUGGAGCGCUCUCGCAGGGCUGCGGCAACCCCAUGCAGACCACAGAGGUGCAGGCGUUCUGCAUAGAACUGCUCUUUUCUGUCGUUUUCCAGCUGACUGUCCUGCGAGUGGAAAGUGUUAAUCCCAAGUACAGAGUCCAUUUGGUUGCUCUUCUCAUCACCAUGCUCGUGUAUGCAGGUGGAAAUCUCACAGGAGCAAUUUUUAACCCAGCACUGGCUUUUUCAUUGCAUCCAAAUUGUUUCUAUGAGAAGUUUUGGAGUUAUUCACUAGUAUACUGGAUAGCACCGUCCUUAGGUACGAUACUUGUGGCUUUUAUAUGGAUGAAAUUCUUCCUCGGAUAUCCUGAGACAUCAAAUUCUGAAUGAAAAAUACUUUCGGCACCUGCAGCCAUGAAGCUUUCAGAAAACGGUUGACAUCAACUCCUAUGCCACCUUUCAGUUGUAUUUUCAGAUUUCAUGUUUGAAAGACUUGACUUACAGCUUUGUAUUCAAAAACCUUCUUUGUAAUAGUAUAUUGGGAUUUUGAGAGCACCUGCCAACACUUUUAAUUAAACCAGAUGAAUGUGAAGGAUUGUUAAAACACUGAAACUUUGUCACUUUAGCCAUAACUGCCAUUUGCUGACUUUUAUUACAACAGCAUGUGAAACUAAUUAUAGAGAAAUACCCAGUC